GUGGGCCAGCCGGAGUGCAGGUGUAUUCAAAUCUGGUCAGCAGGACAUCACAGACAUCACACGGACCUCCUAACCCGCUGUUGAAAUUGAAAAUGGGAAACGUUCAACCUACCGUUGUUCCUUACGCAGAUUUUGAUGUGACGUCUGAUAUCACAACCAUACGCAAAGCCUGUACAGGCCUGGGGACGGAUGAAGAGGCCAUAAUUUCAAUCUUAGCCAACCGCUCUGCUGCCCAGAGGUUGGAAAUUAAGCAAGCCUAUUUUGCAAAAUUUCACAACGAACUGGAGAAGGUUCUGAAGGGCGAGCUGGCGGGUAGCUUUGAGAAUGCCAUCAUGGCCAUGUUGGACCCUCCGGCUGUCUACGCCGCCAAGGAGCUCCGCAAGGCCAUGAAGGGAGCGGGCACUGACGAGGACGUGCUGGUGGAGAUCCUGUGCACCAGCAGCAACCAGGAUAUCAUAAAACUGAAACAGGCCUACACCCAAGUAAACCAGCGUGACUUGGAGUCUGACAUUGAGGGUGACACAAGUGGAGAUGUCAGGAACCUGCUGAGCGGUCUUCUUCAGGCCAACCGGGACGAAAACUAUGAAGUGGAUGAGGGCUUAGCUGAGCAAGAUGCAGCAGCAUUAAUCGAGGCUGGAGAGGGCCGGUUUGGGACAGAAGAGUCUACCUUCAACCACAUCCUCACACACAGGAACUACCUGCAACUCCAGGCCACAUUCAAGCGCUAUGCAUCACUCUGUGGGACUGACAUCCUGGACUCCAUAGAGAGUGAGGCCUCUGGGACGUUGAAGGACUGCUAUAUCACCCUGGUGCGCUGUGCCAAAAACCCCCAGCUGUACUUCGCUCGCCGGCUGAACGCCGCCAUGUCGGGAGCUGGCACAGACGAGGACACACUCAUCCGCAUCAUCGUGGUCCGCUCCGAGAUUGACCUGGAGACCAUCAAAGACAUGUACCUGGAGAAGUAUGACACACCUCUGAGGGAUGCGCUGAGCUCUGACUGCGGCGGUGACUUCAAGCGUCUGCUCCUGGAUAUCCUCCACUGAGAGACGGCCACGCAGACGGCCAAGCUGCCACUCCAGCUGGCCUACCCUCAGCUCCCGCCAACCAACAGAACUCAGCCAGCACCCCCGCACUCUGUCUCUCUCUCUCUCUCUUUUGGCUUUCUCUCACUCUUUCCACUGUUGUUUAACCUACUGUAAGUGCCGACGGGUGAAUGCUGAUGGUAACCACAUAGUCAGGCACUACUGAGGUUUAAAUGGCUCUUCCUCGGCCUCUGAGACCAAUGAUACAGUGGUAGUACAGGUGAUAGUUGUCUCCAGGUAACUCCUACUGCCUUCUCUUCCACAGGCACACGUGACUGUGUGCAGUUGUUUUAUGUGGGACUAGUUAGAAUUUCAACGCUUAACCAGGUGUUUAUCAUAAUUUAUCUUAGUAUAACCAUUUGUAGUCUAUUCUAACACACUACUGGAAGUAAACGCUUCAGAUCUCAGGCUUCAGCUGUAUGGUAAAUAUAAAGGUGUUCAGGUGUUUGUUUUAACCUGUAAAGAAGUUGCACUAGGAGGAAUCUGCAGUAUGUUUCUAUUUAAUUUAUCAUCAGUUAUACUGUGUAUGAAUGUCAUUAAAAUGCUCUUAAACACUGUUGUAAAUCCAUAUACAGACACAACUAUAUUAUUACUGCAUAUAAACACUAGUCUUUCACUCCAUAACACCAGAAAGUAAGUUGUUCAGCUGUAUAAGAAAUUACACAGUAGGCUAACUGAUUAACAUAAAACAGACAGGCUUGAAUGGGAGUUUUCUAGGGAUUAUUAUGUUAUUGCUGUGUGAAAUGAGAUAUGAAAAUCUGGAUUAAAAAUUAAACAAAACAAUAAAUAAGAAGAAAUAAAAAGAUUUAUCAAAUCCA